AUGUCAAAUCCUCAAAUUGAAUAGGGAUUACCUGUGUUGUAAGAAUUGCCCUCACUUCAACAACAACCUGUUUCAACUGUUCCAAUAAUCACUGAUAAUGCAAUUCCUGAAGACUACAACCUUAAGGACAAACCUAAUGUUUAUCGUACUUAAUCUGAAGCUUUAACUGCUUCCGCCUAUGCCUCAGGUUUUAUUUAAAAAGAAGAACCUAAAGGUACAAUCUUGACAGCCUCUGCAAGUCUCUUAAAAAGUGGUGUAGGUACUGGUAUUUUGUUCUUUCCCAGUCUUUUCAAGAGCUGUGGUAUUGCUUUGAGUAUCAUCUUUUGCUGCAUUACAUCUAUUUUUUGUUACUUCUGCUGGUCUCUUAUCAGUAAAAUGAUGAGAUUCCAAGAAAGCACUGACCGUAAUGACCCUAACAACUAGCAUCUUACCCUUGAAAACUGUGGUGGUUUAUUCUAUGGACCUAAAUUCAAGAAACUUUUACAAGUUUGCACUUAUAUUUAUUCUUAUUCUGCUUGCUUUGGUUAUGCUAUUUUUAUUUACAAAGCUGUUAAUCCCACUUUCCCCAAUCACUACCACACAAUGCUUAUCAUGAUGGCUAUCUUCCUUCCCUUGUCUAUGUACAAGAAGAUCCACAAGCUCUCCUUCUUCACUUACUUUGCAUUGACUGCCACCACUAUUACUUUAUUGACAAUUGUUGUCAAAUCUUGUUAUGUUAUUCAUAACACUGAUGUUCACUAUAGCUCUUUAACUCAAUUCGAUUUUACUUAAAUCCCUCUUUCAUUCGGUGUCUUCACAUUCGCAUAUGACUGUAAUGGUGUCUACACUGAAGUUCACGCUUCCAUGAAAGAUAAGAGUUAAUUCGACACUGUCUUAAAAAUUUAUUUGAGUAUCUUCACUCUUAUCGGUGUCUUAGUUGGUACUAUGGGUUACAUUGCUUUUGGUGAAUAGACUCAAGCUGCUAUUUUCACAAAUAUUGGAUCUAUGUAAGGAUAUGGUACAGCUUUAUCUUUCCUCUACAGUUUUGCUGAAUUAGCCAGUAUGUUACUUUAUAUUUUCUGCGUUGUUAAAUUUUUCGAUAACCUUGUUGGAGGAUAUGUUGUAAAGAACCCCAGCAACAACAAGUUCGUAAGUUUCUUAACUGACUUUGUUGUUAGAGCCUUAAUUUUCCUUUCUUUCGCCUUUUUAGCUUUGUAUGUCACCUAAAUGAGUGAUUUCUUCAAUAUCAUGGGUUGCAUCCUCUGUAGUUUCCUUACUUAUCUUUGUCCCCUUAUUCUUUAUAUUAAGGCUAAGCCAAAAAAUGAUAAGCUCUUAAAAUAAGUUUAAAAUGGAAAUUAAGAUGUUGAAAAGAACGUAAAGGCAACUCCUAAUAAAAUUGAUUUCUUUAGUACCACUAAAGUAGUUACUGCAAUUGCCAUUAUAUGCUUAUUGUUUGGUUUACUUGGUGGUAUCUCUGGUCUUAUAUCUACAAUUAUCUAAAUCAAAGAAAAAGGAGAGUGA